AUGGACCCCCCUGAGGGCCGCCACACCGGGGGCCUGUGGGGCCGGCAUCACUCAGGGGCCGAUGGGACGACCGCAGAGGGACCUGCCAUCCAGGAGAAGUGCUACGCCCCCAGGUUCCUGCAGAUCCCCCCCGAUCUGACGGUGGAGGAGGGCCGCUUCUGCCGCAUCGACUUCAAGCAGCCUACGUCAGCAGCCUACGUCAUCAGCCAACGUCAUCAGCCAACGUCAUCAGCCUACGUCAUCAGCCUACGUCAGCAGCCUACGUCAGCAGCCUACGUCAUCAGCCUACGUCAUCAGCCUACGUCAGCAGCCUACGUCAGCAGCCUACGUCAGCAGCCUACGUCAUCAGCCAACGUCAUCAGCCUACGUCAUCAGCCAACGUCAUCAGCCUACGUCAUCAGCCUACGUGAUCAUCCCACGUCAUCAGCCUACGUCAUCAGCCUACGUCAUCAGCCAACGUCAUCAGCCUACGUCAUCAGCCUACGUCAGCAGCCUACGUCAGCAGCCUACGUCAUCAGCCAACGUCAUCAGCCUACGUCAUCAGCCUACGUCAUCAGCCAACGUCAUCAGCCUACGUCAUCAGCCAACGUCAUCAGCCUACGUCAUCAGCCAACGUCAUCAGCCUACGUCAGCAGCCUACGUCAGCAGCCUACGUCAUCAGCCUACGUCAUCAGCCUACGUCAGCAGCCUACGUCAGCAGCCUACGUCAUCAGCCUACGUCAUCAGCCAACGUCAUCAGCCUACGUCAUCAGCCAACGUCAUCAGCCUACGUCAUCAGCCUACGUCAUCAGCCUACGUCAUCAGCCCACGUCAUCAGCCUACGUCAUCAGCCUACGUCAUCAGCCAACGUCAUCAGCCUACGUCAGCAGCCUACGUCAGCAGCCUACGUCAUCAGCCAACGUCAUCAGCCUACGUCAUCAGCCAACGUCAGCAGCCUACGUCAUCAGCCUACGUCAUCAGCCAACGUCAUCAGCCUACGUCAUCAGCCUACGUCAUCAGCCUACGUCAUCAGCCUACGUCAUCAGCCCACGUCAUCAGCCUACGUCAUCAGCCCUACGUCAUCAGGCUACGUCAUCAGCCUACGUCAGCAGCCAACGUCAUCAGCCUACGUCAUCAGCCUACGUCAUCAGCCUACGUCAUCAGCCUACGUCAGCAGCCUACGUCAGCACCUACGUCAGCAGCCUGAGUCAGCAGCCAACGUCAUCAGCCUACGUCAUCAGCCUACGUCAGCAGCCAACGUCAUCAGCCUACGUCAUCAGCCUACGUCAUCAGCCCACGUCAUCAGCCUACGUCAGCAGCCCACGUCAGCAGCCCACGUCAUCAGCCUACGUCAGCAGCCUACGUCAUCAGCCUACGUCAUCAGCCUACGUCAGCAGCCAACGUCAUCAGCCCACGUCAUCAGCCUACGUCAGCAGCCCACGUCAGCAGCCCACGUCAUCAGCCAACGUCAUCAGCCUACGUCAGCAGCCCACGUCAUCAGCCCACGUCAGCAGCCUACGUCAUCAGCCUACGUCAUCAGCCUACGUCAGCAGCCAACGUCAUCAGCCUACGUCAUCAGCCUACGUCAGCAGCCUACGUCAGCAGCCAACGUCAUCAGCCUAUGUCAUCAGCCUACGUCAGCAGUCUACGUCAGCAGUCUACGUGGGUGGCCUCCCCACUCCAGACGUCAGCUGGUACCUUGAUGGUAAAGCGAUCAGACCAGAUGACUACCAUAAGAUGCUGGUGUGUGAGAAAGCUCUGCACUCGUUCAUCAUCGAGAUCGUGACGGUUCAUCACGCCGGAGUCUACGAGUGUGUGGCCCGGAACCGAGCGGGAGAGAGUCGCUUCAGCAUCAGGCUCGACGUCAUCGCUCAGGAGGCCCUGCGUCCUCCUACAUUUGUGGAGAAGAUGUUGAACUCCCGCGCUCUAGAGGGCGACACUGUGCGUCUGGAGUGUAAGGUGGACGCCGCUCCUCCUCCUCAGCUGUUCUGGAAGAAGGACAAGGACAUGCUCCGCCUGGACCCCAACAGGAUGAGGUCCGACUGA